GCAUGCAAAAGCUCGCUUUACACGUGCAGGAGCCACUUCUGGCGAAGAAUACGAAUAAAUGACCGUAAUAAUGAAAAUGGAAGCUUCCUCCGAAAACAAGAAGACAACACUCGCACUCAGCAGAUGGCAGCUAUAUUAUAUGGAAAGCAAUCAAAGCGCAAUUAGCCUGUGGUUGUUUGAUCAGAUUCCAACUCGCUUUCUUUCCCAGCAGCUGCUAGCAAGCUCACCCGGCAUUCUCUAAUUCAAUGUAUUGGACUGAUGUGUGCUUCAGGGGCUUUCAAUGGGUUCACAGCGCCAAUCACUCGCCGGCAGCAAGCUCUCAGGCCUAAAUUCACUUGUGUGUACACUGGAAAUAGACGGGUGCAACAUUCGUCCGGGGCUCCAUUGGAAAUCAUGGUCCCCUUGAUCAAUUUUGCCAGUGGUUCACAUCAUUUUGUCCUCGCUUUUCCAAGACUUCUCAUUCCAACUUUUUUAAAACAAAUCAUUCGAGGUUGGCGUCUGCAUGACACCAUUCAUGCAGGGCUAGACAGCCUGGCGUCAUGUAGCCAAGCCUGACAGCUAGAAACAAAAUCAGAUGCACGUCAAAAGUGCAUCUGCUUUACGGUCUCCCUCACCUUGCUUCUUGUAGCAGGCGGCAGCGUUGUGCCGGUCUUGCUCCUGGCAUUUGCGGCUUCC